AUGACUCAAAUUUCUGCCGGAACAAUCAAAUUCCGCAACUUUGCAUGGAACCAAUGUGGUUACCCAAAUUUACCGUUAAUAUUCUUGUUAGCCAAUGGGCACAAAUUGCAUGCACUCAUUGAUGGGCUGAAUGGAUUUGCUUCCACAACCAACACAACCGAUUUAACUCCAGCCGAAAUUACCGAAAUUGGGAAAUCCACUCAUUAA